AUGGUUAACGGAGCUGGAGGAAAUUCAUCAUCUUCAACCUCGAAUUUAUCAGCGUUAGCCCCUCCAUUUACUGUCCAUAAACCAAAUGCUAAGCCCAAUUCAAGCGCUAAUUUGCAUUACCACGAGUCGCCUUACAGCCAUGGUUGGGAAUAUUCGAGCCCGUCAGCCCCGGUUGUUUUACAACCCUCUGGAAAUUCGAACGUGCCUUUACCCGAUAGCUGCCAAUUUUCAGCUUUGACAACUGUUGGCCCGACUGUUACUCAUUGGUCCACUUUUAGCUCGGGAAAUAGAGGGUCAUUGUCGAGUGCAUUUGCCUAUGGUGGUGAAGUUAAGCCUUAUUAUUCGCCCUAUGUGACUCCUAUGGUUGGAGAAGUGAGUCAAUUAGUCGAGGCGGAUGGGUUUCGUUACAAUAAAGGGAUGAAAGCUGGAGGGAAUUUUGAAUCUCAAAUUGACUAUACUCGGGGCAUGUGGGAUGUGGAUUAUGAUGAAGCUGAAUGGACUGGUAAUUCGGGACUUGAUGAUGGUAAGCGGGCCAAGAGAGUGGACUGUGAGGGGGUUUUAAUUGAGAAACCAAAUCUUGGUGGCUUGUACAGUUGUGGAAGCCAAUUGAAUCAAGGAGGGCCGGGCGCCGAAAAGAACACGGAAGUAUCUAAAGAAGGUUGUUCUGGUAUUACAAAUCAAUUAUUCAACCGGGUGCCAAUAAAAUCGAUCCCCACAGCCUACACUCUUACCUAUCCUAAAUCUCACUAUUCUAUCUCAUCAUCUGAAUUGAACAAGAGUUUCUCAGAUGAUCAGAAUUCAUCCACUAAGUGUGUUAAACCUGUUGAUAAACCAUUUAUUGACUCUGUAGCAGCAAUCAUGGCUUCCCCUACAGUUGUCAUUAGGCCAUCACCUGCUAAUAAUGGUUACAUUAAACAGUCCACUCUUGCCUGUAAGCCCACCCAGUGUGACAAUGUCGAAAGUGUGCAGAGUGUGAAGUUUGGUCCAGUACCUAAUUCCCAGUUUAAGGAAGGUUCGUUUCAAACAAGCCUUAUAGACAUUCCCGAUCAAGGGAAUUUUUCUGUUCCACCGAAAGAACUUUCAACACCGCUGCAGUCUAGGGACUCACUUGAUUGUAAGUGUAAGACCGGAUUUGGGGCUCAAUCGCGUGAUGUAAGUAUCUAUGGUGGGUUAAAUAUAGCUGGUGGUAAUGAUGUUCAAAUGGCAAAGUCCUCUGAAAAUUCUUUGGAGUUUGUUGUGGAUUCGCCUUGUUGGAAAGGAGCAUCGUGUUCUUCUCAAUUUUCAACACUUGAUAUAGAAGCUGGAAACUCCAACAAUUUGAAGAAAAAUAUGGACGAAUGUAAUCGGUCCAAUUAUGAAGCACACCAACAGAAUCUCGACUCGGUCUAUGAUUUCUGUCAAGAUUUUCCCGGAAAGUCUAGUGAAGGCAACAGUAACAUUGGAAAAAAUGAGUCUGAUGCUCAUUGUUCAAGUAAACACCAUGGUUUAUUGGGUGAUGCAAAAUGUACAGGUUGGAUAGCAAAAGGAAAUGAGACAAUUAAUGAACCCAAUUUGCUGGGAAGACAAUCUGUCCUUGCAAAUGUCUUGACGGGUGGUUUUGAUGAGAAAAUUUCCAGUGCCAAGCAUUUAACUAGUGAAGUUGAAGUGACGACUCUAAAUGAUGUCAGUGAAAGUGGUUGUGUUGCUGUUCAUGCUGCCGAGAAAGUUCUGGCUUCCCCUGCUUCUCAAGAAGAUGCCAACGAGCAUAUUAAAGAAGUCGAUCGAAAAUUGUUCGUGCCAACAGCGUUAAAGGCAAUGCAUAACCUUUCCGAGUUGCUUAUGCUUCAUCUUUCGAGUGAGUCAUGCUUUCUUGAGAAAGAAAGUACGGAGACUCUCGAGAAUAUAAUCAGCAACCUUAAUUCCUGUAUGCGAAAUAAAUUCACUGAGGGAGGUAGGAAGCUGGAAUUAAAUAAUCCUGCUGGAGACAGACAUGGCAAACUUUGGGAGUACCGUAAUGUGGGCACAGUUUUAGGAAUUCAUACUCAUACGAUAAAUGCAGCUCCAUAUUCAGAUUUCAAGCUUGAUGGUCAGCUAAAGCAUGAGCAUGAAGGAAAUAACAGCCUUUCUGUUAAGAAGGAUGAGAAAUCACCAAUUUUAUCAUCCUUGAUGGAUGACUUAGACAUAACAAGUGAUGACAAUAUGACCAAGGCUAUAAAGAAGGUCCUCGACGAGAAUUUCCACCUAAAUGAAGAAAUUCACUCAGAAGCAGUUCUAUUCAAGAAUUUGUGGCUUGAUGCUGAAGCUAAACUGUGUUCCAUCAAUUACAAAGCUCGUUUUGACAGAAUGAAGAUCCAGAUGGGGCAGAUUAAAAUCAAGGCCCCACAAGACAAUGAAGACAGUGAAGUGCCUGAAGUUUGCGUUUCACCUGAAGGCAUCACAGCUUCCGAGAUGGGCCCUAAGGGCCAUCAUGAUGGCCCAAUCCCAAAGCCCGUUCUUCAGAAUGUUCCUAUUUCUUGCACAGAUGGGCCUGCUGAUAGUUUAGAAGCUUCCGUCAUGGCUAGGUUCAAUAUCCUGAAAUCCCGAGAAGAAAGUGCUAAGCCUUUCCAUAUGGAAGGACUACAGAAACCCGAUAAGAGUGUCAAUGGAGAGCAUGUAGACCCUAAUGUGGCCAGAUUUAACAUCUUGAAAUCUCGCGAGGAGAGCUUGGGAAAAUCGAUAAACAUGGUAGAAGAGAAUCAACAGUCGAACAAGAACAAUGCAUGCAAGAAUCUGGACGAGUUUCAUCUUUUGUUCGCUUAUGAUCCAAGAGUUCAUUCAUUCAGGAAUAACUUGGGAACCCGUGAUAGUUCGCCUUCGGAUUGGGAAAAUGUGUACUAA